AUGCACAUAUAUAUUUAUAUUGAGAAGUUCUCAGGUUUGAGAAUUCGGAAUCAAGUUAUCUCAUCUGUUGAGCUGAGCAACCGUAUUUCAGAUAUCCGGUUUAUUCGAUUACCGGCCAUAAAGAAUUUGUUGAAAGGGGAUACUCUCUCUGGGUGCUGGGCAACUAUUGGAGUUUUAACUGAGAAAGGCAACCAAAGAACUAGUUCUACAGGGAAGCCUUUUGCAAUCUGGAAAAUUGGUUGUUUGGAUGAAAUGACUGUUUCUCUUUUCUUGUUCGGUGAUGCCUAUCAGAGAAACUGCAAUGAGAAGGCUGGAACUGUCUUUGGUCUUUUUAAUUGCGCCGUCCGCAAGGACAACUCGGAAAAUGGAUUCUGUCUGAGUGUUUAUUCUGCUUGUAACAUCUUAAAAAUCGGCACUUCUUUGGAUUAUGGAGUCUGCAAGGGGAAGAAGAAGGAUGGGAUGGCCUGCACAUUAGUCAUUAAUAAACGUAGAGGAAUAUAUUGCACCUACCAUAGACAGAAAACAUCAGAAAAAUACUCUCUUAAAAGGACAGAGCUCAAAGGAGGGAAUUUGAGGACAGCCUUCAGGGAUCCUCUGAAGCCAGAAGGAAUUUACUUGGUCAAUCCUUCAGUUAAUGGAAUAAAAUCUUCAAAAAAUCAAGCACCAUUGAAGUUAUUGUCUGUAGAUGGGUUGAAGAAGGCCUUAAGUAAUGCAGGCAAAUUAACAACUAAUGUGUGUUCGCAGGGGAUUCGAUUCCUUGCAGAAGUUACAGCUACAGGAAAAUUGAGUCCAAAAGAACCGCUAAAUAAUUCGAACAAAAGGUUAUCAACUUCAACGAAAAAGGGUCGUCAGAUAGAAAAAUCAUAUGAAGAACCAGAAACGAAAAGGGUAAAAUUGUCGCAGAGUCAAGGAGAGAGAGUGAAUUUUGUUGGAGAAAAAAUGAUCGAAUUAGAUUUUGUUAGUUCAGAUGAAGAAGUUUGAGUCCUAAGAGAUGAGCAUGCUUGGACGUAGAUUACUAAUCAUGAUUCAUUUGGUGACUCAACUUUCGGAAAUGAGUAAUAUUUACUCUUGAAGGAAACUAAUAAUAAUGUUGAGCAGAAAGUUGUUAGAUUGUCGAGUGCCAUAUUGCACUGGCUGGCGUCUUGCGACCAAACAAGGCGGUUUUGUGUUGGAAGCACUAUUAUGCAUCAAAGAUGGAUGUCAAUUAGGGUUUUCGGAACAAUAUCACCGGAAUUGGAACUAUUUAUGUCGCAUUUGCACUCCCCUUUGGGGUAUGUCAUAGACGCUGCUGCAGUUGUGUCGAUAUUUUCUACCUUAUAAAUUACAAAAAA